UAGGAGAAGGGUUCGUGCUCAUCAACAAAUCCAUGCUGAUUAGGGUGGAUAUUUUGAUGGCAGCAGCCGAAACGCCAUGUCUUGUGCACUGCUCCAUCCUUCCAUGGCUGCCUCCUCCUCCACCAAUCGACAAAAGCUGUGGGGUUCUCUGGAUGCUGUGCAUCCAGGAAAAUAAAAAGGGAAGCCCUGAGGUGAAUCUGAGCAGACAUGAGAGGCAUUAAUGGCGUCCAGGCACUACAGUCUGGCGUGCCAAAGGCAUGUUAAAGAACCAUGUUUCAUUGUGUUCUUUUGCUGCUUAAGCAUACUUGCAUGACCAGAGUCUGGCCCCUUAUACUUUCUCCCUCUCCGCCCCCUCCCCCCACACACUCUCUGGAAAGGAUUGGAAUGAUUGGCCUUUCGAUGUGGUAAACCGAUCCACUUUACAGCAAGAAGAUGAGUGCAAUGAGUCCUCACAUCAUGAGAGAGUAUAGCCUGGGAUUUGAAUCAAGAAAAUUCCUAGCUGACUAUGGAUUCUCGUCACUAGAAAAGCAUAUUUAGUUCUGGUAUCUUCCCUUGACUCUCUUCGCUUAUACCACUUCCAGACGCAAGCCUCAUCUUCUUCCCUUUCACUUGGUGAUGGCCUAUCUUUCUAGAGCAUCACCUGGCCGUGGAAGGCGGCUUUCCGAGCUGCUGGAGGAGCAGCAGGAGCCUUUCCUGAUGGAUGUUUACCUUGUGGAGAAGGGGUACUCGGAGAGGCUCUUUACAUCCCAGGCCACAAGCCUGUGUUGGCCUAUUACUGCAUGCAAGAGGCUGAAGAGCCUCCAAGGCCAUGGCUUCAGGAGGAGAAGAUCAUGCCGGCCGUCCAAAUGCAUGCUCACCAAGCUUCUCAAUGGAAAAGCUAUCCGGAAAGCCUUGAGCUGGAACAAGAAGAAGAAGAUUAAGAAGGCCUUCCGUUUGUCUGAUACAGGGAGCAAGGAGAAGGCCAUGUCCGGAGGGAGAGCCGUAGGAGAUCUGGACGGAGCACUUCGACGGAGAUGCAUGCAGGUGGAUGACUCAAAGCAGCUGAGCUCGGUGUCGGUUCUGGAGCUGCACUCCCAAGGAGGUUCCCAAGUCCACACUAGCGAUAAAGAAGAGGAUGCAUCGACAUCGAAUCUCGAUUCUCCAAGGAAAGACUUGGACAUCUUCAGAGAGCUGCUUGAGCUAGCUUACACUUCUGCCUGGGACCAACUCACCAAAUCAAAGAAGCAGCUCGAUCAGCACUGCGAGCAGGAUGAUGAAAGGGUUGUGGAUUCUCAUGAAUGCUUCGCCCGUGAGACUGCUGAAAGCGAAGUCCACGAGACGGACAAUUCAUGGCAGACGCAGAAAGAAGUUGUUAGCAGCUUAACCCAGUUGACAUGCUCAGACAUUUCCAACGCCAGGAGGGAAUGGUAUGAGUUCCAGCCUCAGGUGAGAGAGAUCGGAACUCAGGUAGAACAAGCCAUCUUUGAAGACAACAUAGAAGAUGUGAUCUUAGAGAUGAUGUGCCUUCACUACCGAACAUUGGAAGAAGUAAAUUACAAGUAUAGUAGUUUCAAAAAGGCUUUACUCUCUGCUUUUGACAUGAGUGCCUCCCAACAAAGCUGACAUUAGCAGCAGAUAAAAAUAGGACCACAGCAUCCUCUUGAAGCUUUAAAUAAUUGGGUAGCAACUCAGAUGCCCAUUAGUAUCUCUCUCUGCCCACCAUUGAAGUCUCAACCACCAUAGGCAGAUUGGCUUGUUGUUUCAAAUGCCAUUUGGAUAGGUACACACCCACUAAUAUGCUGAAAAAGAUCAAAAAGCCAUGGGCAAAUGUAUGCUUGAGUUUAUGUUAGUGAUUGGGUAAAAUGCAUCAUGUCACA